AUGACCAGUCGACUGGUUCUUAAAGAGCUCAAGGCCGGCUUUAAAGCGACAAACAAGUUCCCAGUCACAGAAAAAACCUCUCCAGUUUCAAAAGCUACGGCGCCAAAGCUAAUGGGCGAUGUAAUGACUCUGGGGUCGAUUAGUGCGACCAACAAUUUCUGCAAGCCCAACAAACGGCUAGAAAAACCUCCGAGGGGAGAAAGGGCACUUGUGGAAGUACGCUCGAUGCUCAGAGGCACGAACAGCGUUGCCCAGGUCUAUCAAAACACUUUCCGCAUUUUCUCGGGGCAGAGCAAGGUCUACCAUUGUGACUUCUUCAGGCUGCUCUACUUUCCACCGGAGCAUUUCUUGUCGGUGUUUCGCAAGAGUAAGCCUGCAGUGAACGUGCGUAUCGUGGGCGAGGUCUUCUUGAAUGGAAAUGUCUCCAAGAGCCAAGGCCGCAGCGUAGCCAACACAGCGGUGUACGCGAGAGGCAGCCGCAUAGAGGGGUACGGUAAGAGCCAGGACGUGAGUAAUCUGAAGCAGCUGCAGAAUGUGUUUGCCAACGAUGGCUCGAAUGUUCCCCGAAACUAUGCGUAUCUGCGCAGAUCCUUACGCGCGUCUCUGAACAAGUGGUUCAUUCAGCACUGGAUGGCGCUGCAAGGGCCGCAGGCCGUCGAGGAGCAGAUCAGACGGCAGGGCGAAGCUGGCUCAAGCGCACAGUGGCAGUACUUGGACGCUCAGGGCCGCAGCAAAACCAGCGUGGCUAAGGACGGCUUCUACUUAUUUCAGGUCCUUGUGUUUCCCGACAAGACUACUAAGCAGGAGUUCAAGGCAAACGUUGCGCGCGGCGUGAAGACGGUGGCAGAUCUCGAGUGGGACGAUUUCUUGCGCAGCAAGUCGAACAAGUCCCGCACCUGGGUCCAAGAAUGCAACGACCGCGUCCGGGUUCCAGUGAUGAACUCGUACCUGGCCAACGACCAGAUGCCGCGCGUGCUGCGAAAGCUCCAGUCGUCCCGAGCAAAGUAG